AUGGGCGACAGCGGGCCAAUCUACGUCUUCCGGGUGGCCGGCCCGCGUCGCUGCCCGUACGGCAACCACCACGGCGGCCAUAACAACUUCAGCGUGCUCGUGCGCAAGAGGGACUUGCUCUAUUGCUGCAACAGCUCGGAGUGCCAGGGGGUCCGGCCCCUGCUCAAGAUCGGGGAGCUCACGCGCUCGGAGGCGGUGACUGGAGGCGAGACUCAGGCUUUCAGCGCCGAUGACGUUAGCGCCAUCAACGUCUUGCACAAGAGGUUCGUGGAUGCCUGGGCCUUCGAGGGAGACGUGGGCGGCAGCAAGAUUGUCGCUGAAAUGUACGCAAGCUGCGGCAGGCUGCGGUUUGAUGGAGAAAGCUGGUGGUAUUGGAAUGGGAGGCGCUUCGUGCGUGACGAGAAGAGCGGCUUCUAUGUGAAGAACGUGCUAAUCAAUCAGCUCAGGAUAGUGUACAGGCGAGUGAGGGACGAGUGGAAGGCAUCUAUCGAGAGAAACACCAACGAGAAGGAGCAAGAGGCGUUGAUGGAGCAGCUUAAGCGCCUGCGCAACUACAACAACAGCCGAGAGAUGACCAGUACGAUGGACCUCCUCCGUGGGGAGUUGGUCGAUCUCGACUUUGCUCAGCAGCUGGAUGCAGACCCGGACAUCUUGAACGUGAAAAAUGGAGUGCUCCUUCUGAGGACCGGCGAGCUCGAUGUGCACCGGCCCCAGUACUUCUGCUCCAAGAUCGCGGAGACGGACUUCAUGGGGAUGGAGUACCCCACUCCGCGCAUGGACGCCUUCAUAGGCGACAUCUUCAACCACGACGCCGAGCUGGUCGACUACAUACGGAAGCUGUUCGGCUACGCCCUCAACGGCCAUACGCGGGAGGAGGUCUUCGUGCUCUUGCUCGGAAAGGGAGGAAAUGGAAAGGGUGCCCUGAAGGAGAUGCUGCAAGCUGUGGCCGGUGAUUACUACGGCACCAUGUCCAAGGACGCGGUCGUUACAGCACCUGGCCAGAGGGCCCCCUCUAAGAACGCGCCUACAAACUACCUAUACGAGUUGAUGGGCAAGCGGCUUGCAAUCACCGACGAGACGGCGGAGGGGGAGCAGGUGGACCUCGGUCUCGUCUUGGCGGUGACGGGGGGCGGCUCAAUCAAAGCGCGGUGCCUUCACAUCAACAACGUCGAGUUUGUUGUCACGCACACACCGUUCGUGCAGACAAACUACCCUCCUGUGAUCUCCGCGACAGCGAUCUUGGACAACGUCGAGCGCCGACUGCGAGCGAUCCCGUUCCCCAACACCUACGUUAGAGAAAACGCUUUGGACCCCACGAACGCAACCCACCGCCUCAGAGACGACCACUUGAAGGCACGCAUGAAGGAAGAGGAGUCGCGUCGGCAGAUCCUUACUUGGUUAGCGCGCGGCUCGGUGGAGUGGUACGCCAGUGCAGAGGGUCUUGGUUCUCCCCCCAAGGCCGUGAAGGAUGCAACGGACGAGUACCUGCGCGAGGCGGACAAACUCCAGCUGUUCAUCGACCAACACUGCGAGGUCGGAGAGGGAUUGUCGACACUCCAGGCCGAGUUCGCAGCCUGCUUUAGGCAGUAUUCCUCCGAGAGGAUCUCGAAUGAGGAGUUGAUGAGGAGGAUGGCUACGAAGGGAUUCAAGAGGGCCAAGAACAAUGAUUCGCCACGGCAGUUCUACUAUCCAAGGAUUAGGUGCUCUUACACUACUUGA